AGUGACUAGGACACUUAUUCUAGGACAGGAUUGUUGGGUACAUUUUGAGUUGCAUUCGUUUUGUCCCUCUUAUCUUCGAUUCUUAUCUGAACACGCCAUUAACAAAUCGGAACGUGUUGCUGCACAAGUGAUUUUUGCGGCAUCGCCAUGUUCGUGACGUCUGCACCGCUUUCGGACGGCGCCAAAUUCAGCGAGGAGGCGGCGGAGAUCGAGCGAUUCCGCGCUCGUCACCGCCGCAUGUGUCGCGGGCAGCAACAGAACGCUUCGACAACUUCAACAACUGAAGCGCUGGACGUCGACGGCGGACGUACACGCAAAAUCUCGGCAAAGUGGCGUCAGAAGCAGCUGCAUCGCAAUCAAAUCGAGGAUGGCGCGUGGCCUCAAUCAGCAGGCACCGAAAUGCACUUAUGCUUCAAUGCGUUCGACUUCUCGUCGUCGCCCGAAGCCUUUUACGAGGAGGAACCAGUUGAGACCACAUCCGAGCCGGUUGAAGAGGAGGAGAAACGUAGAUUGCAUAUGGCUGAGGUGGCGAAGCAAGUGACGGCCAUGGGCUUCAACAGUGCCAGUCUGUGGGAACAGAGCUUCCCGGGUCUUCGACAGCUAUUCGCCAGCUGCCGACUUUCGGGCAGAAUUCCGUGAUGCAGAGUCCCCAGUGCAAUACACUGCACAUGACAUCGAGCAGCAAGCGCUGUAACAACCACGACACCAUGCGUAGAGUUGAGAAAAUGUUAGUAGAAUAGUAAAUGAAUAAUACUCUAAAUCCCACAAGUAAGUUUGAAUUUUACGU